AUGGAGCCUUCUUUCUCUUUGCCGCUCCAGCUUCAGGAGAACUUCCUCUUCGAAGACCUCCUAGACAAGUCCUACUACGCCGUGGCCCACGACGCAGCCUCAGACCCUGGCUACUUCAGCGCCGGAAGCAGCCUGUCCCCAACUUCUUCUGAGGACUCCUUCUCCUUCUCGCCCAGCUCCCUCCAGACCAACCUGGCAGACGCUUUGGACUCUCUCUUCUUCAGCAGUCCUCCUCCUGCUCCUGUUCCUCCUCAGGAACCGCCAAAGUCCCCCCCUGCUAAGAAAUCCAGAUCCAGGUAUCCAGGAAAUAAGCGGCAGACGGCCAGCGAGAGGGAGAAGCUGAGGAUGAGGGAUCUGACCAAGGCUCUUCACCACCUGAGGUCCUACCUGCCGCCCUCAGUGGCUCCAGCAGGUCAGAUCCUGACCAAGAUCGAGACCCUGCGCCUCACCAUCCGCUACAUCUCCUUCCUCUCUGCCCAGCUGGGCCUCAGCGAGGAAGUUCUGGAGCAGAGGAGAUCCUCUGGUUGCCCCGAGGCACCUCAGACCCUCAGCCAGUUCUUGGGUCGCCCGAUGUUCUCCGUGGAGCCUUCAUAUCAGGCGGAGGUUUGCUUCAACGCCGAGCAGUUGUGGUCACCGCAGCAGCAGCAGCAGCAGCAGCAGCAGCAAACCUUCUCUGGCGUCUGCUGA